UUCCCGCCAAUUCCCUCUCUACAUAAACCCUAAAACAUCUCUACAAUUUUCAUCGAAUCCUAAUUCCACUUUCUCUACAAAUCUUCACCAUGGUGGUUCCUCUCGGCCCUGGCAAGUUCUACGGCAGCAGCCUCCCUCGUCCACGCUAUUACACCGAUGUCAAGCUCAACAACGAGCGUAUUGAUCCACCUACGCCGGUCCUCGAUCCGCUUCUCUCAUGGGCAAACGAGGCUCAUUGGUCUAUGGGUGGCCUCAGCUUUAAUCGCCUGAGGCUUCAAGGUCGAAUCGAAGGUAAUGUCCACAAACUUCGAGCCGAGCGCGAGAAGGUUGUUAAGCUGGACUCUGCGCCAAAGAGAUCUAACCCUGACGACGAAGCUGCGGGCGAUCGCCAAUUCAAGAAGUCGAAAUCUGUAUCUCCACCGCCGGCGCCGAUGGCAGCAAAGAGACGGCGAUUUAUGGCUCUGUUUGACGACGACGAUGAUGAUGUUGGCGUGUACAAGGAAGAGACUGGGGUUGUGAAGAGGAGGUUGGUGAAGAAGCUGGGAGAUGAUUUUGAUCGAGUGGCUGCAGAGAGUAAGGGAAAUCAAUUAAAGAGGGAUAGAAGCUCGGAAAUCAAUGGGGUUUGUGAAUCUGUAAUGAAGAUCGUUGAAGAGAUUAACGAUGAAAAUACAAGGGGGGAAAAGGUCAACACUGAAAGAAAACGGAAGAGUGGUGGAAGAGUGGAGACUGGUUCUGUUUCUGGGACAAGAACAUCUCCCAGAUUGGCUAAAUUGAUUUGAUAUAUGGAUAUAGUAUAGGGUGUUAGCUUUUGUUUUUUUCUUCUCUUAAUUCUUUCUUGGUUUCUGGUAUUCAUAACUGGGCCAAGUUCUGUAAUGUUGCUGCUUUCUUUGUUUGGCUGUGGAAAUGUGAUAAUGGAAUGUGGUUCUGCAAUUUAAAGGUCCAUAUGAUUGGUGCAU